AUGCCCGACUCCCGUGCGCCAGAUUGGGAGCCUCUGGCAAAUGUCAGCGCCAGCGGCAUAGACAGCAAAUAUUCUGCACUUGGUCGAAUAUGCGCCUGCUACGAUCUCGGCGGCGGUGUCGGCCUGGGCGACUCGUUCGCCAUACAUUCGAUCGCUGCACUCUCUUCAGGUUGCAAACUCCAUCAAGACGGCUUCAUACUUGAUGCUGAACUCGCCGAAGCAGCCUCGGCAGUAACAGAGCUGCUACCAGUCUGGAUCAAUCUGGCGGACGUUGCUCCGGGGAAGUUUUCGUCGUUGCCGUAUUCAAAACAUAACCCCGGCGCACCGGGCAAACCACAUCCUCUUGACCACCCGCCAUGGUUCUUGGUCAAUGCGGCAGCUUCUAAACAUCACUGCAUCCUUGGGCAGAAUGGUACUGUAGAAUCACUGCUUAUGGUUCUCCGUCAGCCGUGGUGUGUACUUGAGAUAUGCUGCUGCGCUGCUGAAACAGUGAUCUUGGUCAGCAAAUUUGCGACCAUCGCCGAGAAAAUCUACCCUGGAAGCUACACGAUCGCUAUCAGACUGCUAUCCCAUGAAACGGAAAAGAGGGCUGCAGAUAGGGCCAGUACUCCAGACUGCGCUAUCAAUUGGGCUGAUGAUCGCUUGGAUGCUUUGAUGAUACCCCGUCCAACUCUGGCUUUGGUCAAGACGCUUUACACCGAUCUGUUCUUCCAUGGCCGCCAAUCCCGGAACCCGUUCUGGCUAUGCCUGAUCGUUAUUUGCGCUGUGUCCUUGGAUAUUGCUUUUCCUGAACUCGCGGGGUACCUUUUUGACGACGCCAACUAUAGAUCCACCUUAGAAUGUCUUGAAAGAGCCACACCAUUUGCAUCCCGGCUGCGCAUUACAGAUCCUGUCGCGAAAAGCGAAUGUGUCAGGAUUAAGGCCCCGGAGAAAAUUCGCUCUCGGCACACUAGGUCUAGAAGGUCAACAAGUGACAUUUCAUUGCAUAAUAGCGCUCGGCGCCAGGAAGGACUGAACUGGACUGGUUCGAAUCGUGGACCUCUAAGUUAUAACCGCUUAAUUUUACUUCACAGAAUGAUCCUCAAGAGAAUUGAAGAAAGUGUCGUAUGA